AGGACUUGAUGGAUAUUUAUGUACAUAGUUCCCAUGGCACAACUAAUUCUUGGAAUUGGUGAGACAGCACUUUAUGUAGUUUAAUGUUAUGUAUAUAAAUAUGUAUUUACAUAUGUACCACUUUUACUCCACGACUAUGUAAUAGCCAGAUACUGGUCAGUGCAGUGUGUCAUCAUUUGCAUAACGAACCAAACAGUUAACAACUGAUUCACGACCAAACAACAUAUGUUGGCAUCAUGCUAAACCUAAACCAGCAACUUAAGUGAAUACUUAUUCUUUGAUCACGCCAACAUUUGUAAUUUUCUUCUUUCAAAAUAAAAUCGAAAUAGAUAUCGGACAAAAUGGAGAAAACUUUACGUGAUUUUGAAACAAUGCAUGAAAAAUUAUUUACCUCGAAUCUUGAACUGGAUUUGAUACUGAAACUUAUUCCUUGCGUGAUAAAUAUAUAUCAAAAUAAUUCCGCAAACAUUGGGACUCUUGAAUAUUUAAGUGAACUAGCUGGGCUGCAAAAUGUACCGGACAAUCUGGACGAAGCAUCUUUUCUAAAAUACAUUAUUGAGCAUGAGUUCCCACACUUUGAGACAUUACUGAAAUUGAUUCUGAGGCCUGACCUGCCCUUCGGAAGUGACAUUCUCGAUAUUAUUUCCACCAUGGAAAACUAUUUCCUCUCCUCCCUAACUUGUCUUCAGGGCGCAAAAAUUCAGAACAGUUCUACCAGUGGUCCAAUACCAGCGCAGUUCCAGUUUAAAUGCGAAACCCCCUCAGGUUCCGAAUUCUUGAUACGAUGGUUUUAUCCAACUUCGCAGAGCAAUUUCGAAUCGGAACACGCCUUGCUGAAAAAGUACGAAGGAGUUUGUUUCCUAUACGUUACGGAGAAGGAAAGGACUCAACUAACAAAUUUUAUUGUAACGGAUGACCAAUUUGAAGGAAAAAUUAUCCUAACCAUUUCUCACGUUCCCGAUUCACCCCUAGAUGUUUGGAUGAACGUGACAUUCCCACAACGCAGAAAUUUUGAAAAACCGAAACGACAAAUUCGUUCUCAAAUAGAAAUGUCCCACUUGCUUUUUGAAAGUCUGAAAACCUUUUUAAACACAGAAUUAACAGACUGUGUCCUACUUCCGAGACACAGUUUGAUUCGUGAUGUCAACACUUGGAACCCGAUCUUGGAAUUUGAUCCUCUCAUAAUUCCUUUCGAAUGGGAGACCAAAUCAUGCUCCAAGUUUGACGAAAUAUUUACUUCGUACAACGCCCCGAAGAAAGCAACAUUUUCUAUUGGAUUAAUCAUGCUCUACACUUUAUCCGCCACAACGGAAGAGGAUUUUCAUAAAUUGGCCUGUGCGUUUACCACGAUCCAGAAUGAGAAUGACCUUGACAUGAAACUCGUUGUAAAAUAUGCCCCAAUAAUGGCAGCAUCAAAGUCCCUAACGAAUUUGGUCCAUAGAGUGAUCCACUCAACAUACAAUUCCCAUCAAAUUACAAAUCUGUUUGUGGGUUGGAGCGCAUUAACGGACGAUUUUAAAAACGAGGAUAGCCGGCAUAUUCUUUCACAUAGGAUCAGGCAUGUACUCAGUCUUGACCCUACCUGGCCCUUCAAAAUAGUACUUCGGUCGUUAUGACAUUGUAAUUUCAUUUUAAUGCACAAAAACAUGUGUGACCAAUGUCGAGAAUAUCUGUUAGAUACCAAGUCUUAACAUAGAAAUUUUAAGAAAUCGAUGUGAGUCACCUUCUGGGGUCACUUUGGUUACACGUUGCUCACUUUUAACUUCACAUUCGUUCAUAAAACUUAAUUUAAAUAGGAUCGAAUAUCAUAUUGUUAAGACAAUUUCUAAAAAGUUUUUAGUAAACACUUGCAUGUAAGCACCUUCUAGGGUCCCUCGACUUAAAAUUUUCAAUUUCCCUUCGUCUUCCUUUAUCAACUUCUGCACAAAAUUACAGCUUGAUUGGUUAAUUUUCAAUAUUCGGUAAAUUUUCAAAUUUCAAUUCCUAAAUAUUCUUCAGUUAGAUACUAUUGGCAAAAUUAUAUGCCAAAUUUUGUUUUCCACUAGGAUUUUGAAAUUUUGGUGCAUUAUACCUCACCCACUGGUAAGUGGGUGAUUGACCGAAGUCACCGGGUUGACCUUCUCCGUUGACUUGACUGAUUUAGCCCAUCUUCUAACCCAACUUCUCCUUUCGCCCGUACUACAUGUUCACCAAAUUUCAAGUCGAUAGUUUAACGGGAGUUAUCGUAAGACGUUCGGAUGGUCAUAUGGUUAUACAUAGCAUUUAAAUACAAACGUAUGCAUAUUUACAUAUUUAAUAUGCAUAAGAAUGAAAAAAUUUUAUACAUAUUUUUGUGCUUUGAACCCAUCCACACAGUCACCAAGCCGAAGUAGUGGUGAUGAAGCCCACAUCCUACAUUCUAUCUAAAAAAGACGACACAAAUUACCCCAAAAGGCGUUGUGAAACCCACAACGCCGAAAUGGGAGAACACGAAUCUGAGCAUGGAAGCAUGUUCAACGUUUGUUUUCUCCACAUUUCGAAGCCACUACCGAGUGAUCCAUCUAUGAGUACAUGCUUAAUCGUGUGAUUCUUUUUGACACAAGCGAAAACGUAAAAUUGUUACUUUACCCCGUUGGAAGAGGGGUCAUGGAAGACUUGUUCCUCGAUUUGACAAAACUUCCCUUGAGUUUGAGCAGUGUUGAUGAACUCGUAGGGAACUUAUUCAACAAAGAGGGGAUACUUCCUGGUGUGGAAUUAAAAAAUUCCCUUAACAAUUUGGAGGGCAUAUUGCAUUACGUGAAGAACAAAAGACCCUGGUUAAUUUUUACUCUAAUACGGAACCUUGAGAUUCACUUCUAUCAACAACUCUUUACCAAAUUGCGCGAGUCUAUUUCUACCCACUGGCUAAAAGAAAUUCAAAACUUCUCCUACCUCGGUGUGGGGGAGCAUGGCUACCUAUUUCAAAAAGAAGAGGAUAUCCCAACCAUGCCAGAAUUUCGGUCAAGAAUUAUGCUACUCUUGCCAAAACCUGGAGCGUGCAUAAAGGUCGUGUCAAAAAUGUUUACCAAAAUCAAGCUUAACCUGUCAAUGGACGAUCAUCACCGCUUUUACGACGGGAUUAUUCAACGCACAAUUUAUUCCGAAGAAUUAUAUGGCUACAUCUCAUCCUCUAGUUAUCUUCCUGGUGAUGUUGUGGACCUCAUCCAGUCAGGAUAUUACGUCGAAUUCUGGCUAAUUCAGUAUCACUCGGGAAGAACUAGUCUGCAAGAUUACCUCACUAAUCUUAACCCCCCACCGUAAAUUAUUUUACAUUUGAUGUUAUCGAAAGUUUACUUGAGUGUGUCGGUUUUUACCGAAACUUAAACAUCCCUGUACCAGUGCCAUCUCCAGAAAACGUUUUUUUCGUGGAUUGGAUAUCCUCGGAUGGUCAAGGUACCGGCAAAUUCAAACUACCAGUGUCAAUCGAAGACCAAUCGUUACUCAAUCUUAUUUCCAACAAGGACAUCUCAAACCUUUCUCUUUCCGAAAAGCCGACAAUUGUUUACAAGUUGGGUUUCUUAAUUCUGCAAUUAUUACUUCCUCAAAAUUAUCACGCUGGAGUUGAAGAAUUGCUAGACAAAAUUGAAACCAUAUAUCCCAAUCACCACGAUUUAUCCUGUGUACUGCGUAAGAUGAUGGUCACAAAGGGCUCAGAAUCUAUGAAUUUAGAACACUUUGAGAAUCUUGAGAUAACAAGUAUUGGUUUGAAAAUAAUUAAAGAUCCGCCCUCCAUCCCACGUGAUAACCAGGAUAUUAUGCAACUCUUAGGCGACGGGAAGAAUCAGAACAUCGUCGCAAAUGUGGUUGCCCUUAUGCGCGAUGAUAUCAUGGAGUUAACGGUUAAGUCAAAUGAAACGUACGUGACUUGGCAAAACACACUAGACAGUUUGCUAAUAUUGGAAAGGCAAGGUGGUUAUGGAUAUUUUGAAGAGGUUGAGUGCAAUCGCGAAAAAUUCCAGGAAAUAUCCAAAGUCCUGGAAAUGAUAGAAAACAAAUAUCUAACAUAUGGGAUCUUUUGGCUGGAAAAGAUUUUUCAAGUGUAUCGUGCAUUCAGCAAUCCAAAAUUCCGAGAAAAAUUGACGUCAACGAUUAAAUCGGUUUGGGUUCAGACCAUACUGUCUGACAUUGAGCUACUCGGAUAUGGAGCAUUCGGAAUUGUGUUUCAGACAAGGGACGAAACCUUCAAGGAGCUCAAAUGCGCGACAAAGUUAAUUGUUCCCUCGAAUGGAGAUGAGACUCAAAACGUGAUGCGAGAAGUGGAAAACUUGAGGGAUCUAAUCCAUCCAAAUGUGCUUGGAAUCAAAAAGCAUGCAAAAGAAAUUUCGCUAACAGAGGCAGAUUUUAAGGUUCUCCUAAAAUAUGACUACCAUAUCCCCGACGACAUGACUGAGAGCGACAUAUCUUCAUUUAGAGACCCUCUAUCGAUGCAAAUUGAAAGGCUAAUUCUCCGCUCCCGCCAAGGUCCAGUUCCUUGCUGUUUGAUCCAAAUGGAUUUAGCGGGUCCCACCUUGCGACAAUUUCUUACCGAGACAUAUAAUCGACGAAAAAAUCCUAAAGACACAAUCGGUCGGUAUCAGUUAACAAUUUGCCGCGAUCUCAUAAGAGGAAUGCAAUAUCUGCAAUGUAAAAAAAUUCUGCACGGUGACUUGAAACCUGACAACAUUUUAUUUACUGCUCUUGGAAUUCUGAUCAAUCAACUUGAAGGAAAUAUCCAGGAAAAAUUUAUGUUACCUGUGCAAAUCGCGGAUUUUGGCCUGUCUUACACAUUGAAUGGAAAUAUCCCAGAAUUUAGCAAAUCUCGAAGAGGAAAUUUGCGAUAUCAAGCUCCCGAACUAGAAACGACCUUUGGCUCUGAGAUUUACUCGAUUGGGUUAAUUAUUUUUGAAGUUUUGGUCCCAUGCGUAGGUGCGGAAUUGUUCAAUCUCACUGAAAAAUUUGCGUCAAAUUCUCUUCCAAAGUUUAACACGGAUGAGAUUGCUGUGCAAGAAUUUAUAUUAGGAUUAAAAUCAUUUCUUCAAAAGGACGUCCAGAACAGGAUGUCGGUGCAAGACUUUCAAAUGUUUGAUCUAGACUGGAUACACCUGCAUAAUUUUGGUCCUAACAGGGUGCAACAAAUACUUAAAGAAAUCACCGGCACCGGCUAUAUCGAUUAACUUGAUUAAUUAGAAAUUGCUAAAUGUAAAUUUAUGUAGAUUUACAGAUUUGUAGUGCCGUUGUGCGGGUUGAAAUUGAUCAAAAUUAAAUGUAAUAAAAUGCACUGAUUCAUACAUAAGCUGA